AAUGCUUCAUGCAUUUGCAUAAUUAUGAAUAGGACAUCGAAACGAAGCAGCUGUAACAUUGUUAAACUGUAACUCAUUUUUUUCCGUUUCAGUUUCCUGGAACGCAGAAGACAUUGUUUGCACAGCGUCGUUUGUUGGUACAACAACUCGUGACACUGGAGAAAGAUUAGUGACUGAUAAACAAACUUCUGAUAAACUUCUUAAAUGUAUCGACGUGUAUGAUUUUGUGCGGUUCGCUAACGGAAACCGUUAAAGUGUGAGUAGGUUGCAGGUAAAGAGCUACAAUGUGACAUAGUUCAUGUAGGCUACAUUGUGUCCGUGGCGCGAAGAUAAGUAGGGUGCCGAACAUGGAUUAGGAUUUAGUGCUACUGGGACAGAAUGAAGCCCUGGACACUUUAAUUUGACCUUGAUUUUUUAACAUUUUUUAUCUGGGUGUUAUUGAUAAUCCAUCAAGAUAGCUACUCUAAUCGGGUAAAUCCAUUUUCAACAUCACGUUUAUGGAGAAGUAUUAUUUCAAUAAACUUUGACCAAGGAAGCCAAUCGCUGGAUGACAGAAAAAGACCGUUGACAUUUGACUUGGCUAGUUAAAUUUGGUCAACCCUGUUAAACAUUUUGAAAUAAAAAAUUGAUUCAAGCAAAAUAGGGGAACAUUGCGCAAAGUUAUUAUCAGAAGCCAGUUCAUGGUGAAUUUGGUGGAUCUGGUUUGGUAAUGCACCAUGAUGCUGUUGUAGCCCACGGGGUAUGAACGUAUCUCGUGAAGGAGGAAGGGAGACACGAUGGCACUUUCCCGGAGAAGGAAUCGGUGGAAGUUGAUAGUUUGCCUUUUUGGGGCGUCUAUAGUGGGAUAUUUUAUUUUAAACAGGCAUAAUAAUCCCGGUGAUAUAGCUGGAACAAGUCGAAGAGAGGUUCCCACUGAGCAAGACAUUGCAAAUGAAAUGCUUAAAAAGCCUGUUUAUGACAAACCGCAGUUGGAUUUAAAUGCCUUGGGAGAAAUGGGCAGAGCUGUCAAAUUGAACCUCGUUGGAGAGGAGAAGAAAAAAGAAGAGGAAAGUAUAAAUAAACACCAGAUUAAUACCUAUGUGAGUGAUCUGGUAUCUCUCCACCGCAGUCUACCCGAACGAUGGAAUCCUCUUUGUAAGGACCAGAAGUAUGACUAUAGGUCAUUGCCAUCCACGUCAGUGGUGAUCGCCUUCUACAACGAGGCCUGGUCCACGCUGCUACGCACUGUCCAUAGUGUCCUGGAGACCUCACCCGACAGACUGCUACGGGAGGUGGUGCUGGUGGACGACUAUAGUGACAGAGCUCAUUUGAAGGAGCCCUUAGAAAACUACAUCUCCAACUUGAAGAAGGUGCAUCUGAUCCGGGCCAGGAAGAGGGAGGGCCUGGUGCGGGCCAGGCUCUUGGGGGCAUCCAUCGCCACGGGCGAUGUGCUGACCUUUCUCGACUGCCACUGUGAAUGUCACAAGGGCUGGCUGGAGCCCCUGCUCGACAGGAUAAAGGAGGAGCCGUCCGCUGUGGUGUGUCCCGUCAUUGAUGUCAUCGACUGGAACACCUUCCAGUAUCUAGGCAACCCCGGGGAACCCCAGAUCGGAGGGUUUGAUUGGCGGUUGGUCUUCACCUGGCACUCGGUGCCAGAGUAUGAGCAGAAACGCAGGCGCUCUGCCAUUGAUGUCAUCAGGUCUCCUACGAUGGCUGGAGGGCUGUUUGCUGUCAGUAAGAACUAUUUCCAUUACCUGGGAACGUAUGACACAGGCAUGGAGGUGUGGGGAGGAGAGAACCUAGAGUUCUCAUUCAGGAUCUGGCAGUGUGGGGGCAGCCUGGAGAUCCACCCCUGCUCCCACGUGGGCCACGUCUUCCCCAAGAAGGCCCCCUAUUCGCGGAGCAAGGCCCUGGCCAACAGCGUGCGUGCUGCUGAGGUCUGGAUGGAUGACUACAAGGAGUUGUACUACCACCGUAACCCCCACGCUCGCCUGGAAGCCUUUGGGGACGUGACAGACAGGAGGAGGCUCAGGACCCAGCUGGGAUGUAAGGACUUCAAGUGGUACCUGGAGAACAUCUAUCCUGAUAUCCACGUCCCUGAGGACAACCCUGGGAUGUUUGGAAUGCUGAAGAACAGAGGCAUGUCCAGCUACUGCUUUGACUACAACCCUCCUGACGACCAUAACCUGGUGGGCCACCGGAUCAUCCUCUACCCCUGUCAUGGCAUGGGACAAAACCAGGUAGCUAUGGCUCCAUCUUUACUCUCCAUGUCCUUCAUUUAAAACCAGGUAGCUAUGGCUCCAUAAUACUCUCCAUGUCCUUCAUUUAAAACCAGGUAGCUAUGGCUCCAUAAUACUCUCCAUGUCCUUCAUUUAAAACCAGGUAGCUAUGGCUCCAUAAUACUCUCCAUGUCCUUCAUUUAAAACCAGGUAGCUAUGGCUCCAUAAUACUCUCCAUGUCCUUCAUUUAAAACCAGGUAGCUAUGGCUCCAUAAUACUCUCCAUGUCCUUCAUUUAAAACCAGGUAGCUAUGGCUCCAUAAUACUCUCCAUGUCCUUCAUUUAAAACCAGGUAGCUAUGGCUCCAUAAUACUCUCCAUGUCCUUCAUUUAAAACCAGGUAGCUAUGGCUCCAUAAUACUCUCCAUGUCCUUCAUUUAAAACCAGGUAGCUAUAGCUCCAUAAUACUCUCCAUGUCCUUCAUUUAAAACCAGGUAGCUAUAGCUCCAUAAUACUCUCCAUGUCCUUCAUUUAAAACCAGGUAGCUAUAGCUCCAUAAUACUCUCCAUGUCCUUCAUUUAAAACCAGGUAGCUAUGGCUCCAUCUUUACUCUCCAUGUCCUUCAUUUAAAACCAGGUAGCUAUGGCUCCAUAAUACUCUCCAUGUCCUUCAUUUAAAACCAGGUAGCUAUGGCUCCAUAAUACUCUCCAUGUCCUUCAUUUAAAACCAGGUAGCUAUGGCUCCAUAAUACUCUCCAUGUCCUUCAUUUAAAACCAGGUAGCUAUAGCUCCAUAAUACUCUCCAUGUCCUUCAUUUAAAACCAGGUAGCUAUAGCUCCAUAAUACUCUCCAUGUCCUUCAUUUAAAACCAGGUAGCUAUGGCUCCAUAAUACUCUCCAUGUCCUUCAUUUAAAACCAGGUAGCUAUGGCUCCAUAAUACUCUCCAUGUCCUUCAUUUAAAACCAGGUAGCUAUGGCUCCAUAAUACUCUCCAUGUCCUUCAUUUAAAACCAGGUAGCUAUGGCUCCAUCUUUACUCUCCAUGUCCUUCAUUUAGUAGUGUUUCAGACACUGGGGUGCUAGCCUAUAUUGUUUUCAGGACUGCAGUGAUUGUUGUCUAGUGUUGUUAGCUUAGAUUUUUGUUUAGCAUUUUUUUUCAUUUAACUUUUUUUUUUAACUAGGCAAGUCAGUUAAGAACAAAUUACGCCUCAGCUGUCAUGGUGGAUCUUUGUAGAAUUGAACCUUGAUUUAUACAAAGUCGGGUGUUCUCUACUCUGACCAUUAGUCCACAGAUAAAGGAGAAACCAAGUUAGUUUUCUUUGAUUUAAUCUCUCCUCGUUCAUCUUUUAAUCACCCACGUGGGUUAGUAUGCUCGUGAAAACCAAUGAGUAAAUGGGAGAGGCGAAACUUGAAUAUAAUGGUAAUUUGAUGUUUAACUGGGCCUGGCAGACAGCAUGUGGUAAUGGAAAUGGUAUUUGACUCAGGGCUUCAUAUUAUAAUGCACAAUGACAAGUACAAAAUGAUUUAUGUUUAUUUGGACCAAAAUUAUAGUGAAGAAAACAGGUACCAUUGUGUGUGAGGUUAGCUGUAUGGAACACAACAAAAACUCCAUGAACCACGCACACACUCUUCGUCUCUCCUGUUGCAGUUCUUUGAGUACUCCAAUGAGAGUAGGGAGAUCCGCUAUAACACCAGGGAGCCAGCAGGGUGUGCUGUGGGGGACGCCGUCUCCAACUACCUGACUGUGCACCUGUGCAGGAAACCCCGGCAGACUGUCCCACAGGACCAGAAGUUUGUCCUCAGAGAGGACGAAACCUUCUUCCAUGUGAUGACGCAGAAGUGUGUCCAGGCCGUGGACAAGACUGACAACGGCACCCCUGCCCCCGCCCUGCGGCCUUGCUCAGACCACGCUAACCAGAAGUGGUUUUUUGAGGAGAGGGGGGCAUAGUGGAGUGGGCCAGCCGAAAUCCCUAUCCCUGGGGUAGAGGGUGACAGCUGGAGGGCCCCAAAGACCAAUACUCAGGUCCAGCGUCCUUAUGCCGUGGAGAUGACUUGGGUCGUAUUCACAAGAUAGAAAACAGAAGAAAAUGGUCCAAAACAGGGAGGUUCUAUCUGAAGUAGUCCAAUAGGCAUCAUCAUUUGUUUUCUGUUGCACACUGUUUUUAAAUGUUGUGCUCUAAUAAAUAUGACCCUGGUCAGGCGAACUGUUCUCACCUCCUGUAUCUAUGCACAACCGUGUGCUUGCUGGACAACGUUGACGUUUUCACACACUUGAUAUUAACUCAUACCACAUCUACUUCUCAAAUCUUUUUUUGUCGAUAUUUGUUGUGAAAACCUGAGAGACGAAGGAUGUUGGAAUGGACAGAUAUUUAACACAUUUUUAUGUGUGGGAUUUAAUUACCUGUCUGUUCAUCUGACUGAAAGCCACUCCUACUUUUUAUUCUCACUUUCGUUCUUACCUCUCUCUUUCUCGAACACAGGAGCAUUUAGCAGCUGGUAGUGAAUGUUUUUGGCAUUGCAGUGAUCAUGACAGACUCUUGUGUACUUGCGCAUUACAUUAUAGCUGGAAAUCUCAGACUCAACCUCUAGAUGGAGCCAAAGCUUCCAUCUUGUGUGCUGAUCUUUUUCACUCCAUCCAGCAUGUUAUCAGCUCAGUGAUGUGAGUGGUUAAUUGUUCAGGUAUUUUUGGAGCAAGUAUUUUGUUUUCUACAUGUAUUUUUUUAUUUUAAAUACGUGCGUACUACUUCAACCAGUCCCUCCAGGAUGUUUUUUUUUUUUUGGUGAUAUUUGCCGACCCAAACAUCGUGCAUGGCAGGCAGUAUGCAACAAUUUUGUUCAAAUUGUCGCGAAAGUGCGCUGACGAGGGAAACAUUUGUUGCCGUGUAGCUUGAUUAAACCAUAUUAUGCUGUGAUUGGUUAAUUUGCGCGCCCUCUUUUUGUAAUGCCGUGAUGGAUCUGUUUUAUGCGGUAAUAUUGCAGUGAUUUGACUUUUAUGCAGCAAUUAGUGUGGUUAUUGGUUUGCAAGCCCUCUCAAAAUAUGUGGUGAAAUUGAUUGCACACAAAACAAUUUGCGAUGACAGAAUCGUGGAGGGGCUUUUUAAUUUUCGAUUUGCUCCGCUCAUAGGCUUAAGACAACACACAGUACGUCUUUAGCCACACAAUUACUGGUAGUAAUUGAGGAGAAAUUCCACUCCGGUCUUUAGUUGUGUUCAUGAAUCACAAUUAUGAAUUUGGUUAUCUCACGGUAAGCAAUUUAAACAUUUCUGAAAGAAGGAAUACUUGUGGUUUUUCAGUGUUUUUUGGUGUAACAUACAUCUUGUCAAUGCAAUUGACUCCUAGCGAGAUUGUUAUUUUCCUAAUAGAGUGAAGCUACGAAGACUUAACGUAGCUAUAUUCUGUGUGUUAAUUAUAUUACAAUCCUUGUUUAUUUUAAAUUAUAUAUUUACUCAAAUGUUUAUUUACUUACUUAUUGAUCAUCGUUGAUGUCAGCGUGGAUUUAAUUCAGCACUAAAUGAGCCACUUGACUUUAUGUAUUGCAACUGCAACAACAAAAUGGAGAAAACAAUUGUUGACAAUAAACGUCACUUAAGGCCAUAAUUUCGGCCAUUUUACCCAGAAGUGCCUUACCUGAUGUAAAAAGAGAUAUGGAAAGAUACGCAUGGAAUUAUAAAACAAAUCUGCAUUUUUGUUAGAGUAAGGACAAAUCUCAAAUGAUACCUACCUUAUCCCUCCCUAUAUACUAUAGUGCAGGGGUACUCGACUACUAUUUGAGAAGGUCCGGUCACACAUUUCCUCUGUGGCAAUGGUCCGGAUGGAUAUUGUAAUUUGUCGUAGUAACAAUCCCCAAUGUUGUGACCUCCGAGCUGUUCAAACUGUUUACACCCCUCUUUUUGCCAGAUAUAAAAAAUAAAGUUGUCGUUUUUUAAACUAA